UUAGUACAAUGUAGGAAGUAAAAAUCUAUAAGGUGCAGCGUAGUAUAGUGUAAUUAAACCUACAUUUUUUAACCAAAAAAUCACGUAGUCUUUUGUUUAGUUAUGCUAUACUUACAACUAGCAUAUAUGGCCAUAUUUAAUUAAUGAAGAAGCGCAUAAGUGCAAAUAAUCAGGAGGUAAUUAAGCAUAACUUAUAAUUUCAAAGUGAAAAUUCAUUCAUUGAGUUGUAUAAUUUGUACACCGUUGUAAAAUUUGUUUAUAAGCAAAGCAUUUUCGUUCUUUUUUUAGGAUAAUAUCUAACAUCUUAUUUUCUUCUUCUAGAGAUCCAAAAUACUCUUGAUUAAUAUUAAAUAAAAAUUCCCUCAAAUAUCCCUACUUUUUUCUAGGAUCUUACGCGGUAUACCAGUAGUUUCCAUAUAAAUUUAAAAAUUUUGAAUACUAGUCAACCGUCUGCAUGUAUAUACGUCCGUCACAGGAUUUAUUCACUGCGGGCACAGACACAUCGUCGAUCAUCAUCGAGUGGGCGCUGGCAGAAAUGCUGAAGGCUCCGGCGAUCCUGGGCCGCGCGCAGUCGGAGCUGGACCGAGUGGUCGGGCGCGACCGCCGGCUGGAAGAGUCGGACAUACCGAACCUGCCCUACCUGCAGGCGGUGUGCAAGGAAGCCCUCCGGCUGCACCCGUCGACCCCGCUCGGCCUCCCGCACUUCACAUUCGAAGACUGCGAGGUCGCCGGCUUCCGCAUCCCUAAAAACAGCCGGCUGCUGGUCAACAUCUGGGCCAUCGGGCGCGACGCCAGCGUCUGGCCCGACCCGCUGGAGUUCAGGCCCGAGAGGUUCCUGCAUGGCGAUGCGGCGAAGAUCGACCCGCUGGGCAACUACUUUGAGCUGAUACCUUUCGGGGCCGGGCGGCGGAUCUGCGCGGGGAAGCUGGCAGGCAUGGUGUUCGUGCACUACUUCCUCGGCACGCUGCUGCACGCCUUCGACUGGCGGCUGCCGGACGGGGAGGAGCUCAUCAACAUGGACGAGACGUUCGGUCUGGCACUGCCCAAGGCCGUCCCGCUGAAAGCGAUGGUCAGCCCGCGGUUAUCCCCANAUAUAUAUUAA